AUGUCACCCAAGUCGGGCAUCACGACGCCGUCGUCCGAGAUGGACGCCUCAGAUCCCAUCGCCAUUGUGGGCAUGGCCGUCAGGCUGCCCGGCGGUGUCCGCAACACCGAGGACUUUUGGGAUCUGAUGAUGAACAAGCGGAGCGGUCUCAUUCCAAUUCCCAAAGAGAGGUGGAACAGCGAGGGCUUCUACAGCCCUGUCGCGAAAUGGGGAACCGUUCAGAACAAGGAGGCCUACAUGUUCAGCCAGGCUGACAAUGAUCUCACCAAGUUCGAUGCCUCGUACUUCACGUGUGGUGAGAAGGAGAUUGAGCGCAUGGAUCCUAUGCAGCGUCAGCUGCUAGAGAUCACAAGAGAAUGUCUGGACAAUGCGGGUGAGACCAACUGGCGCGGCGAAGAGAUUGGGUGCUACGUUGGCAAUUUCUCCUCAGAUUGGCAAGAUGAUUUGUCCAUGGACCCUCAUGCGUCUGGUCUGUACCGUGGUUCAGGAUAUCUCGACUUCCUCCAGCCUAAUCGCGUGUCUUACGAAUAUGGCUGGACAGGUCCCAGUAUGCUUGUCAAGACUGGCUGCUCAUCUUCCAUGGUGGCCCUGCAUUUGGCAGCGGAAGCAGUCCAGAGCGGCGCCUGCAAGUCUGCGAUGGCCCUUGGCUGCAACCUCAUCACCUCUGUCAUCACAUCCAUCGUCUUCACUGAGACGGGUGUCCUCUCUCCGAGCGGCAAGUGCAAGACAUUUGACCUGCUCGCUGACGGCUACGGUCGCGGCGAAGCAGUCAACGCAGUUUACGUCAAAAGAUUAAGCGACGCUAUUAGGGACGGCAACCCCGUCCGUGCAAUCCUCCGCGCGAGCGGAACUAAUAACGAUGGCCGGUCCAACGGAAUCAUGAGUCCCAACACAUAUCUCCAAGAAGCACUAAUUAGAAAGACAUACGAAAAGGCCGGCUUGCCGUUUAACAAGACGGCUUUCUUUGAGUGCCACGGCACCGGUACACCCACCGGCGACCCUCUUGAGGUGGCCGCUGUUGCUCGCAUUUGGAAGGAUCACGACGGUGUAUUGAUCGGAGCUGUCAAACCCAAUGUUGGACACUCCGAAGGUGCUGCUGGUCUUACCAGUGUCAUCAAGGCCAUCCUGGCUCUUGAAAACCGGGUCAUUCCUCCCAAUAUUUACAUGGAGAACCCGAACCCCAGAAUUCCCUGGGAGGAGGCCAAGCUUUCAGUCCCGACUGAGCCCACAGCUUGGCCAGCCGAUCGCGACGAGCGCAUCAGCGUUAACUCUUUUGGUGUUGCUGGCUCCAACGCUCACGUUAUCUUGGAGUCUUAUGAGGGCUGGCUGAAACUGCAAGAUGAUGCCAGUUCUGUCAGUUCCGACUCUGGCGUGAGUGUACGCGCUCCUGGUCAACGCUUGCUCCUCUUCUCCGCCGCCCACCAGACCUCUCUGGAGAAGCAAGUGGACCAGCACAAGGAGUAUCUCGAGAAGAAGACGUCCGAUCUGGAUGAUCUCGCCUACACUCUCAGCCGCCACCGUGAGCAUCUGAGCUGUCGCGCGUAUGCCAUCGCCGAUGAGAACGGUGCAUUCGAGCCCAGCAGCUUCAAGCGCAAGCCCACUGUCGCUCGACGAACUGUUCUAGUCUUUACUGGCCAGGGUGUCCACUGGGCCGGCAUGGGCAAGGCUCUCAUCGAGAGCAACGAUGUCUUCCGUGCCUCAAUUCGCAAGCUGGAUACAUGGCUUCAAUCUCUCCCCGAAGCUCACCGCCCCGACUGGACACUCGAGAAGGAGCUGUCCAUCGAUGAUGGUUCCAGCAGAGUCGGCCAGCGCGGCUACUCUCACCCAUGCGCCACUGCUGUCCAGAUUGCUCUCACCGAUGUCCUUGCCAGCCUGAACAUCAAGCCUGAUGCAGUCACCGGUCACUCUGGCGGAGAGGCUGCUGCCGCCUACGCUGCCGGCAGUAUCUCCGCCGAAGCUGCUCUGGCAGUCGCCUACUUCCGUGGAUGGCUUUUGGUCAACGGCACUGUGCCUCCUGGUACCAUGGCUGCUGUUAGUCUCGGCCCCAAGGAAGUCGAGCCGUUCCUCAUUCCCGGCGUCGUUGUUGGAUGUGAGAACAGUCAGCUGAACACGACUCUGUCCGGUGACCCAGUCUGCAUUCAGCACUGCAUCGACCAGAUCACCCGUCGUCAUCCUGACGUCAAGGCUAAGGUGCUCAACCUCGAGACUGCCUUCCACUCUCCAUGGAUUGAGCCCCUGGCUGGACCUUACGAGGACCUUCUCAAGCCAUACCUCGCUGAUGCCAAGGCUCCCACAGUCCCUCACUUCUCCAGUGUCACUGGUCUGGAAAUGAAGGGAGACGAGUUUGGCGCCAACUACUGGCGCCGCAACUUUGUCCAGCCUGUCUUGUUCAACACGGCGCUUCGCACCCUCAUGAGAAGCAACAGCAACAACCUCUUCAUUGAGGUCGGUCCCCACCCUGCUCUUCAAAGACCAAUGAACGAGAUUCUCCGCAGCAUUCCCGAGGCCGCCUGCGAGUACAUCUCGACCCUCCGCAGAGCUGAGGAUACCAACAUCUCCAUGCUUCGCCUCGCUGGUGAGCUCUUCGUUCAGGGCACACCAGUUGAUAUGUCGACCAUCAUCCCCAAGGGCCGAGUUCUGACCGAUUUGCCCAACUACCCUUGGCUUCACGAUGUGUCCUACUUUGAAGAGCCCAAGAACCCGUCUCGAUACAAGCAGAGGAAGCACACCCGCCACGUCCUUCUCGGAGCCAGAGUCCUUGAGGGCAACGACAUUGAGCCUGCUUGGCGCAACAUGCUGGACCUCAAGGAGGUACCUUGGCUGAUGGACCACAUUGUCAAUGGGCAGAUCGUCUUCCCAGGUGCUGGCUACAUGGCUAUGGCUGGAGAGGCCAUGCGCCAGGUCGCUAACGGCCAGGACUCCUACACCAUUCGAGACAUGUCCAUCACUACCGGUAUGACAGUUCCCAAGGAGAAGAAGAUGGAGUUGUACACCCGUAUGAUCCCCGAGGACAAACCCAGCGCCGAGGGACAGUGGUACAACUUCAAGAUCAUGUCUUGCGACGGCCAUCACUGGAUCACCCACUGCUCCGGAUUCAUCCGCUCCGGUGCGGAGGCUGAGAAGACCUCCAUCACAAGUGCCCAGGCCGAGCAGGAGUUUGCGCGUGAGAUCGAUGCUGAGGGAUGGUACAAGGCUGUCAAGGCUGUUGGUAUUGACUGGCAGACUGCGUUCCAAGGCCUUGACCAGAUCACUGCCAGCACCACCACUAGAGAGGCUACCGCGACUGUCUACGACUUUGAAGACACCACGCACUAUGCGGCUCAUCCGACCCUCUUGGAUCAAAUGCUUCAGAUCAACCUCGUUGCACAGACUCAUGGACAGAAGAGACGCCUUGACAGCAUUCUCCUGCCGACGUUCAUCUCCCGUCUGGGUGUCUUGGGUGAACAGGACCUUCGCAUGAGAGCGUACGGUAGCAUCAAGGACGGUGCCGAAGGCAUGACCGCCAAUGCUGUCAUCUACACUGAGGAAGGUCGCCCGACUGUCUACUUGGAGGGUCUGUCGUACUCCGAGCUCCCAGUCGCCAAGCGUGAGGAGGUCUUGCUCGGUUCUACCUUCGAGUGGAAGCAGGAUAUUACCAUGGUUGACUCUGUCAACGAAUUAGAGACCACCGACGCCACUCAAGAGCUACGCGACCUGGUCGGUCUUGUAUCAUUCAAGAUUCCCGACGCCAGGAUCAUUGAGAUUGGCUCCGGAGCAACUCACGUCACUCGCAUUGCCCUUGAAGCUGCCCACCCCUCAGAGCACAAGCGCCUGUACUCUGACUACACCUACGUCUGUACCUCUGAAGAAGAGGUCGAACAGGUGACAGAGGCUCUGAAUGAGGUGGAGGGCAAUGAGGUGUCUGUCGUAGACAUGGAGCAGCUCUCGCUUUGCAAUGCUGCCGACGUGGUCCUCCUACCUUUGGCCACUUUGCUGUCUGAUGACCGCUACCUGCUGGACGACUUGACUGAGUUGAAUGGCCUUCAAACAGUUGGCGGUAGACUCCUUGUGCACAACUUUGCCGGCAACUCCGACGCUCAGACUGACGAGGAGAAGAUCAAGCAGCGCCUGCAGAGCCUUGGCUACAAGUUUCACUCCCAGACCAGCUCUGGCCUGAUCCUUGCUGAGCCCACUAAAUCUGCCGACCUCGACCAGAAAACCAAGAUCACCAUUCUCGCUCAGGAUACCACCCAGGGAAGCAAGCUUGCGAAGGAUGUUCAGACCUACUUCGAGGGACAGGGCUUCAAGGUUCACAUCUGCAACGACAAGACCGUCCCCUCAGAGAACUCCUUCACGAUUUCACUACUGGACGUGGACAGCACAACCGUUUACGACCUCAACUCCGAGUCUUUCCGACCAUUCAUGGACAGUCUCUGCAACCUGAAGGGCUCUCUCGUCUGGGUUCUGCCCUCUGUUCAUGGCGUCUGCAAGGAUGCCCGCCCGGCCAUGAUCCAGGGUACCGCCAGAACCGUCCGCAUGGAAAACAAGGCGGACAUCACCCUCGUCGAAGCCGAUGACCUCUCUAUUGCUGGAAGCAACUUCGCCAAGGCUAUCUACAAGAUCUGCCAGAGCCUUCCCAAGAGGCGCAAGGGCGGUGACCUGGAUGCCGACUACGACUAUGCUAUUCUGAACGGCAAGGUGCACAUCCCUCGCAUGUACUGGUUCGGCUUCUCAGAGCCUGCUGUCAGCAAGUCUCUUCCCGAGACCAAGGAUUCCCCCAUGUUCCGCGACGACGCUUCCUACCUCCUCGUCGGAGGCUUUGGAGGUCUGGGUCGAUCAGUUGCUACCUGGUUGCUCGAGCACGGUGCUCGCAACUUGGUCUUCCUUUCCCGAUCCGCUGCUAGCGCCCAGAACGAGCCCUUCGUCAAGGAGCUGGAGAGCUACCCUGGCGCUGUCAUCAAGACCGUGUCGGGUGAUGUCAGCAAUGCGGAGGAUGUCCUCAAGGCCAUCAACGAGGCUCCUAAGCCCGUUGCUGGAGUGCUUCAACUUUCGCUGAUUCUCAAGGACAACUCCACUGCGGAGAUGACCUACGAGGAGUGGAGUGGUGUUGUUGACCCUCGUGUCCGCGGAACCUGGAACGUCCAUCAAGCUCUGGUGGACGCCCAAGUCCCUCUGGACUUCUUCGUCAUCUUCGGCUCUGGAGGUGGUCACACGGGAUACUACGGCCAAGCCAACUACAGCGCGGCCAACACCUACCUGGAUGCCUUUGUCGAGUACCGCCACAACCUGGGUCUCCCCGCCUCCAUCAUCGACCUCGGAGUCGUCGGCGACGUUGGCUACCUACUCGAGCGCGAUGACCUCUACGAGGGCUUCAAGAAUGGCGGCUUCUUCUUCCUCAAGGAGCAAGAUGUCCUCGACUCAGCCGCCAUCGCCAUCGGCAACUCCAGCGGAGGCCCGUACAGCAGUUUCUGCCUGGGCGGUUUGUCCGAGAAGCCGUUGUCGGAUCCCUCAAACCGCGUCAACUGGAAGAGGGAUGUUCGCUUCGCGCAGUCUCACUACUUCCACAAGUCCAAGGCCGCUGUCGCUGGCGAGGCCAAGGAGAGUGACGAGGCGGAGACGUUCAUCUCUCUGGCCAGGUCUGAUCCCACCACGCUGCGCGACAGCGCCACCGUGACCACCUUGGCUCGCUUCAUCAGCGCGACCUUGAGUCAUCUGAUGCUGAGACCAGUUGAGGACUUCCCUCUUACUGAGAACCUAACUUCAAUUGGCCUCGACUCCAUCAUCUCUAUUGAGCUGGUUGACUGGAUCCACAACCAGUUCCACAUUGGCAUGACCUCGAUGGAGGUCACUCAGUGCACCUCGUUGAUGCAUUUGUCGGAGAAGAUUAUUGAAGAGUUGAUUGCAUCGGCAUAA